UGGGCUAUAGGAUUACUAAAGGUUUUGGUAGGCAUCGUGCGUGCAUGAGUGGGUUAUUUCAUUCCAUCCACCGCUGUGCAGAAUUGCAGAGGUGACCGGGGCUGUGUGUCAGUGUGCGGACAUGGCUGGUGCAUGUUUAAGUUUCGCGUGGAGUCUUUUGGAUUACAAAACGGUGAAGUUUGUCAUUGCUAAAAACAAAAAGAUUGGGAUUUUGUUCAGACUCAUUCAGUUGUCAGUCAUUGGUUAUCUUAUUGGUUGGGUCUUCCUGUGGAAAAAAGGCUACCAGGAGAAAGAAGAAGCAAUUCAGAGUUCUGUGAUGACAAAAUUAAAAGGAGUGACCCUGAUCAACUCCACAUCAGGGUCACAGAUCUGGGGACCAGAGGAUUAUGUCAUCCCCCCACAGGGUGAACGAGUAUUCUUCAUUGUGACCAAUUACAUAGAAACGCCAAACCAGAGAUUGGGUGUCUGCCCUGAGAGUUAUAAAGUACCAGAUGGGCAGUGUGAGCAGGAUGAAGAUUGUCCUGAAGGGGAAAUUGUUGUUGCUGGCCAUGGUGUAAAGACGGGACGCUGCAUAAACACCACUGGUACCUGUGAGAUCCAAGGCUGGUGUCCUGUGGAGAGUAGUUACAAACCCACAGAGGCCUUGCUGGGAAGAGCUGAAAACUUCACAGUCUACAUUAAGAACUUCAUCCGGUUUCCUAAAUUUGAAUUCUCUAAGUCUAAUAUCCUGGACACUGGGAAUGACUCGUAUCUUAAAAAGUGUAUGUAUGAUGAGGAUGAAAAUCCUUACUGCCCCAUUUUUCGUCUUGGUGACCUCGUGAGUCGUACAGGAUACAGCUUUGAGGAAAUGGCUGUGUUGGGGGGGUCAAUCGGAGUUGCAAUUGAUUGGAACUGUGAUCUUGACAAAGAUUAUUCGGUAUGCAACCCUCGUUACAGCUUUACUCGCCUGGAUGGUCAUACAAAUAGCAAUGCCACAUCAGGUUACAAUUUCAGAUAUACCCAGUAUUACAAAGAUGGAAGCGGGGAAACUUAUCGUACCCUGUUCAAAGUAUUUGGGAUCCGGAUUGACAUCAUGAUUAAUGGAAAGGCAGGAAAGUUUAACAUUAUUCCAACCAUCAUAAAUAUUGGAUCAGGCCUGGCCUUAAUGGGAGCUGGAGUGUUUCUUUGUGACAUGAUCUUAGUGUACCUGAUGCCGAACAGCUCAUUCUACCGUGAAAAGAAAUUCGAAAUUGACAAGGGUCGGGGACACAAGAAGCACCGAGAUCAUAAAGACCACAAGGAUCAUAAAGACCACAAGGAUCAUAAGGAUCACAAAGAUCGUAAAUCUGCGCAUCACCGAGAGCGACGGCACCGAAAGCGGCCGGCAGAACAGCAGAAGCUGACUGCCGUCACAACCCAAAAUUAGCCUUCCGCCUGACCAGAAACAUGGAGAAGGUGAGGGAUUUUCUAUGAGGCAGAGAGAGCUGUAUUCUACAGGAGCAAUCUCCAAAACAGAUUCCCACAUAAAGGUUCACUGGGAGAUCAUUUGAAUUUGAGACAAAUUCAUGUGAGUGAAAUGUAAGUGAUAUCCUGGAAAUUGCUUGAAUUAUUUUUGUGAACAGCUUCAUAAAAAAAGGCAAUGAGUAACAUCUAUCUGUCUGUCUCUGUAGCAGUCAGUGCUUGCUUUAGAAGUCAUUUGCUGCUUCAAACAACUACUUUUACUAAAGUGCUGGCGUGUCUUCCCAUUUAGCCACAACAAGAUGGCCUGAGUUGUAUUCAGAAUAAUCUGUUUACAAUAAAUAUGGCAUUAGUGUACAGACACAGUCUGGUGUGUUAUAAUGCAAUCAUGGGAGUGGAACCCAAAUAUUAGGGGUGGGAAGAUAAAAAAUCGAUGAAACAGUUGUUCAAACAAAAUGUUCACAAGAUGACAUUCGGGUCUAGUAGGAUGUUUUCAGAUAUUUUGAAUAGCAGUUGGGUGCAGUUUGGCCUCAUUGUGCAGUUAAAAAAAAAUAAUAUACAUUAUUUUUAAUGUUAACAUUAUGUCAUUAAAACAUUUUAAUUCACCUACCUUCUUCCUCUAUUGACAAUGAAGAUGAAAUAUAUGGCAAGCUUGUACAAGUCUUCACACAGGCCAGGUAUUCCCUUACAGAAAUGUCAGGUUUCUGGUGAAGUUGCCGCAAAUUUGCAGCAAAGUCAUAUUGGUCAUAUAGGUUUCUGGCAAACAGUUGCGGUUAACUUUUGGUAAUGUUUCAGCAAAUUUGCAGCAAUGUCAUUAUGCAAAAUAGGUGUCACCAGAAGUUCACUGGAAGUACACAUGUACACA